UUAAAACAGCGGAGGUCCGCCUCCAUUAUCCAAAAUCUUUUCACUUCCACUUCUCUAAUUAUUUACAACUACAAAAUCUCUUCACUUUCCUAUAUAACCCUGAUUUAACCAAUAAAUAAUUCGACAUAUCAGUUCAUUCAACGCGGCAGAAAAUCAGAAUCGUACUUCGAUAAUUAGGCGCCCACUUUUACAAUAACCAGACUCCGCCGACCUGAAAAUACAUGUCAUUCAGAGGAAGAGGCGGCGGCCGCGGCCGUGCAGGGCCGCCCAGAGCCAAGCAAAUGCCUUUCGAUAUUUUUUCGGAAAUUCCGAUAGGCGUUGUGAAGUAUUCUGUGGAAGAAGUUAAGAAGUAUUCUCAGUUUGUGUCCUGGUCGCAGAAUCUGCAGACCUUCUUCGAGACAUCUCCUUACCAUUACCAAGAUAGAAGGCUAACCCUACCGAAAAUGCAAAAAGUAGACAUAGAGAGGUACUCGGAUAAGAAAUUGCAGGCAACAACUGUUAAGCAACCACUCCAUCACUUAAUAAUGAUGGACAGAGAUCAUAUGCCUGGAGAACUGGUCAGAGGUGGACCGCACACUGUCAAGAGAGUCAAGUGGGACAAUGAAAUAGACUUGAGCAAACUUGAUCAGUUUGAGAAGCUUGAGGAAAAGAAUAAGGAUGCAGAAGAAAACGAAGAGGAGGAAGUAGAAGAGGAGGGAAAUGAAGAAGAUGGAGAAAUAAGUGAUGAUGGUGAUUAUGGGCAGAAUCAAGAUUUUGAUGACGAUGAAGAUGAUUAUAACAUGGCUAAGGAGAAUGAUGAGGAUAUAUAUUGAGGGGAAUGGAUAGGUGACGAAAUUGUUCAACAACUUGGCUACAUGUGGUAGAUUUUUCCCAUAGCAACAUAAGCUCUAAUUUAGACGGUGUUAUAGAAUAUGUAGUCUUUUGUUCUAAUGAUAAACUAUUUACAUAUCUUUUUCAAUACUAACAUAUAGGGUUAAUAGCUAAAUAAAAUCCACAAACUAUGGUUAA